AUGGCUUUCAUUUUCACAACCUUAUUGCAAGUUUUGGUGGAAGAAGUCGUUGAAGUUGCAGUUGUAGCAACAGCUGUGGCAGCUACAACGGUUGUUGCAUUUAAAGCAAUAGAAAUCGGAGGAAGAACUAUUAAUUAUCUUCUUGAUGGUAUUACUAGUGAAGAAAGACAACUUCUUCUUAAAAAGGGAUAUAGUGAUAAAACAAGUUGUUUCACUUUGGAUAAUUUGAAAAAUAUAAUCUGCUACGCUAAAGCACCAGGCAAACCAACUGAAAAAAACGGCUAUGAGAAACCUAAAAACUGGGAUGGCAAGUUGAAAAAAGCUCCAAAAAGUAAUCGUAAAGGAUAUCCAGAUAGAAAAGGAAGCGUUUGGGUUCCUACAGGAGAAAAUUCAGACAAUCCUAAUUCUCACGGCGGACCUCAUUGGGAUGUGGAACACCCAGAUGGAAGUUAUGACAAUGUUUACCCAGAUGGAAAAGUUAGACCAGGGAAGAGAUGA